AUCAUUUACAAUCAUGAGCCACCGUACCAGAAGGCGCAGUCGCUCUCGAAGUCGAGAUUCCCGUCACCGUAGCUACGGUAGAAGCUCAUACAGUAGCUACGGAAGGAGUCGGUCCUUCUCUAAGCCCAGACGUGCCUCAUCGCGCGACAGAAGGUCAAUUUCUCGCAACGGCGGCCGAAAUAGUGAACGUAAUGGGAGUACGUCGUAUUCUGAUAAAAAACACGCAUCUGGAGAUCGCAGUAAGGAACACAAUGGAAGGAAUAAUGUAGCUCCCAAAGGUUCUUCGUGGCAGCAUUCGCGAAAAACGACGAUCUACAAUGACCGUGAACCCAUGUCUAGAUAUAACAAUGCAUAUAGACGUCGUAGGAUGCCGAGGCAGAGGGGUAGUUACACACCAAGAUUGCUUUAUGGAGCAAAUAAAUAUGAAUCUGAAGACUUUAGGUCACAGCGUUUGCAAAAGAUGGAGCCCGGUCAACAAGAAGUACUUUCAGCAAGGUAUGAACGCAAGGACAUGAUGCGCGAAUUGUCUGAAUUAACAGCUCAGUUAAACUCCCUAGUAGCUGAGUUGUCAUCAUUACCAAAAGAUUCAGCUGAACGUGAAGAGAUAUCAAAUAGAAUCCAGAGAGUGAAGGAUUUAAUGAAGGAGGCGCAAAAUAGAAAAUCGGCGACUCCAGGUCAAAAGAAAUUACUACUUAAAGAACUGCCAGAAGAUGCUAAUUUGCCUGGCAAGCUGGCUGCGUGGAUUGCUAGUAAUAGUGCCAUUCUGCAGCCGAAACAAAUCGCAAUGCUGGGUCACACAGCAGAAGGUGCAGUCGUGGAAUAUAAGACAGCCGCUAUCGCUGAUACUGUAUACCGAUCAUGCCAGUUACAUGGAAUCACUGUAUCCUGGGCUAACUCUGAGGGAGAAUCACGUGAAGACGUACAAAUGCGACCAGCAGCAUCAAACGACGUUAUUUCAGAUGUAGACUAUAAUCUACUGUAGAACGUA